AUGAGUGAUCCUAAAAUUUAUUCACUUCUUGGAAUGCAUGUUAAGAAUAAAAUUACUACAAAACAAAUAAAAAAUAAGCUGAGCGAAAUGAAUUUAGACAUUUAUAAAUACAACCAAUCUAUUCUUUAUCUGCUUAAAGAUAACAAGGAAGUUCAAGUUAAAAAUGUAACUAAAGAAAAUCAGAUCAAACCCCAAUCAAAAAAGAAUUUAAUUAAAGUUAAUGAAAUGAUAGACCAUGAAUUUAUUAAGUACGCAUUUGAACGUUAUCAUAUGCAGGGUGCGAGUAAACCACAUAUCGGAAUAAAUAGUGAUUUUCUAUGUACAAUUAAGAACUUUCCAUUCUUUUCUGACAGAAUGGGUAUCUUAAAUAACAGAGACAUACAGACAUAUACUUCAGUUAUUUGUGAGAUCAAUGGACUAGACAAAUCUGUUGACAAUGAGAUUAUAGAAUAUAUAAAUGACAACUUAGAAAAGUUAUUAAAUACUAAUUUAAAGUUUAAAACCAAUUUUAAAUAA